CUUGGACAAGAGACAUCAGUUCGUCUGUGGAAUCCACAAUCUUCGGCUGUGAGGGUCCCUUGCACCUGUAUCCCCCCCUGCAGCAGGUGUGGUGACAGUUUGAAUUCUGCCCAGUAGGUGGGACUUGGUGACUUUAACACCCGGGUUUUUUUUUUUUAAUAUAUUUUUUUUUUCUGGUUUCCUUCAUCUCCUCCUUAGAAGUCUGGCAACAUAUUUUGGGUGGGAAAAAAACGAGAGAAUAAAGAAGAGAAUAGUGCGGGAUCAAGGCGGCCGGCAGCAGGGGUGAUGUAUUCGCGUGGAUUGGGACUGGCAGCGCUUUCAGGAUGAGUUUGGCUGCGGGAGGAUUUUUCAUCUGAUCAAGAGAAAGGCUCAGCUUUGCUCCUCUUCUUCACCCCCUUUUCUAUCCCUCCCCCCUGUAUUUUGGGGUUGGAAAGAGGAUGCCUGCAAUGGAUGUGUGGCUUGUCCCUGGCAAGUGCAGUUUGUGGCGGAUUUUGCUAUUGUGGAGCCUUUGGCUGGACUCGUUGGGGUCGGUGCUGGGCUGCCCGGCUAACUGUGUGUGUAACAGCAGCGACAUUAACUGCACCAAGCCUGAUGAUGGCAAUCUCUUUCCUCUAUUGGAAGGGCACGAAUCUGCCACCAGCAAUGGCAACUCCAUCGUCAACAUCACUGACAUCUCCAGAAACAUCACUUCAAUACAUAUAGAAAACUGGAAAGGCUUGCAUACAUUGAAUGCUGUGGAUAUGGAACUUUACACUGGACUACAAAAGCUAACAAUAAAGAACUCUGGACUCAGAAACAUACAGCCAAGAGCAUUUGCCAAGAACCCCCAACUGCAAUACAUAAACCUUUCUGGAAAUCGACUCACAUCCUUAUCAUGGCAACUCUUUCAAAAUCUGGAGCUUGUAGAUUUGAGAAUAGAAAGGAAUCACUUUAACUGUAGCUGUGAGAUCCGCUGGAUUCAACUUGGUCAGGCAAAAAAUGAAGCCAACUUGAAAAGGCAACAGCUCUAUUGCAUGAAUACAGAGGGUAUUGUCAUUCCUCUCCAGGAAAUGAACAUUUCACAGUGUGACCUUCCCCAGAUCAGUGUCAGCCAUAGCAGUCUGAUUGUGCAAGAAGGAGACAAUGCAGUACUCACUUGCAAUGGUUCUGGUUCUCCACUACCUGAUGUGGACUGGAUUGUUACAAAUCUCCAUUCUAUUAACACACAUCAGAGUAAUGUGAACUGGACCAACGUGCAUUCCAUUAACCUGACGCUAGUGAAUGUCGCACAUGAAGAUAAUGGCUUCAUAUUGACCUGUAUUGCAGAGAAUGUGGUGGGAAUGACAAAUGCAAGUGUGCUCCUCACUGUGUAUUUUCCACCCCGGAUUUUAAGUUUGAAAGAACCAGUAUCACGGCUUGAGCAUUGUAUUGAAUUUAUGGUGCUUGGGAAUCCUCCACCAAUUUUAACUUGGUUCCAUAAUGGAAAAACUCUUAGGGAGGUGGAUUUCAUUCGUACUGAGUUUUACAGACAGGACAAUGUUACAGAAGGCUGUCUUCUCUUUAAUAAGCCAACACACUAUUACAAUGGAAAUUAUACGCUUGUGGCUACUAAUAAGCUUGGAGUUGCCAAGCAAACAGUUUAUGCCCAUUUUCUGGGGCAACCAUUCCCAGAGACUGAUUACUACUUUUCUGUAGCAGAUUUUGGAAGUCCCACGCCUCCUAUCAGUGUGACUCAUAAGCCAGAAGAGGACACUUUUGGUGUAUCUAUAGCCGUUGGAUUAGCAGCAUUUGCAUGUGUCCUGUUGGUGGUUCUCUUCAUUGUAAUUAAUAAGUAUGGACGUCGGUCAAAAUUUGGAAUGAAAGGUCCUGUGGCAGUGAUAAGUGGGGAAGAAGAUUCUGCAAGUCCACUUCAUCAUAUCAACCAUGGCAUAACUACACCCUCAUCUCUAGAUGCUGGACCAGAUACUGUUGUCAUCGGUAUGACCCGUAUUCCAGUUAUUGAAAAUCCUCAGUAUUUCCGACAAGGUCACAACUGCCACAAACCAGACACAUGUUUCAGAGAAUAUAUGUUGAACACAAUAAGCCUUCCUGGACAUUCCCAACCACUUAACCAAGGCAUUUAUGUACACGACGUCGGUGUUUAUUUCAGCAAAGGACGCCACGUCUUUUAAGCUUCUAAUGUAUCCCUGUCUUAGUGCCAAAUUUAGGCUGUUCUCUCAAAAUAUGAAGAGAGACACAAAACUCUUUUGGACCAAGGUUGCUUUCACAAGACUCAGUUGUAAACUUGUUAUAGAACAGAAAUGUCCUUCUGUCACAAGAUCAGAUUUGCUCUAACUCAAGUAGCUACUGCCUUUAAUGUACCCACAAAUGGCAUAUCAACAGCAGCAGAAGCAACAACUUAUCUAAAAGGCAACAGACUCAAAAGGUGCAAUCCUAGAAACAAACAAAAAAGCUAGUUGUAUUCGUUAAACAAACAUUAUAGUUGUGUUAUCCCUGUUUGGAAUUUGUGUUUGAUUUCUCUUUGUGAACCUGUGACUUCACAUCACAUAUUAAUGAUGCCAUCACCUUUUACCAUGGCAACCUAAAGAGAUGUCACAAUGCAGGGAUUUAUAAGGCUUUCAAAUUCAGUAAACAGUGAAGACUGGCAAGAAAAAUCAUCCUAGCUUCUGGGGCUAUACGUGCAAGAAGAAAAUAUAUGAAUAUUACUUUUUUAAUAGGAGAACUUGUAAUUAUUUUUCAAUGAAAUGUUUUACAAAUCUUUUUUGCCUCCAAAUUUAUUUCUUUUUCUAUUUUUUUUAAAGGACCCGCGCAGUUACAGACAUUAUAACGUAUGUGAAAAGGAGUGCAUACAAAAAAAAAUAAAUAGAAAAAAAUAAAAUUGUGACAAAAAACAACAAAUACAAUAGGAUAAAAUAUCACUCAUAUUGAAUAAUUGGUGUUAGCUGAAAAUAUCAUUAUCAUUUCAGGGACAUUUAGAGACACAAUUACACACAUCAUUAAUGUCAUUAAAGUCAUUAAAUUAUGGGGGACAUCCAUAUUCAUUUUAUUUCUUACAAAUGUAAAAAAAAGGCCAUAUUACGCUAAAGCUGACAUCCUUCAAUGGAUUAUGAUUAUGACACAUUAAUCUAAAUCGAGGUUAUUAUGAAAACCCUAUGUGUCAAAGACCAUAGGCAACUCAAUUUGAUAUUGGUUGAAACUGUUCAUUGUGUCUAUCUGUGUGCAAUGACUACAAUAAUCUGAGAAUUAUUCAGUACAUAUCCUAACUCAAUUAUCAGCAGAAACUCUUAAUUGCCUUUUAAUAUCAUAAUUACAUAUUUUAUCUGGUUUACAACAUGAAUGAAAUGCUGUAUAUGUUUGGGAAGAAAAUUAUUUCUGUUAUGUACUCAAAAAAAAUGUUGAUCCAAGCCAAAAUAUUCUCAUUUAAUCUUGUAUUUGGAAGAACUAUGCGACCAUACAACAUGUUUGGGAAAUAAAUAUAUAUUUUUAAAUAUGUAUUUUUUCAAAAUUAAGCAUCCAGAAGAAAAAAAAUGCAUGUUAAAAUAAUAAUAAAAGUUUAUACUGUAUUUCAAAUAAACAAUUUCCUAAUAAUAAUGCAAAGGAAAAAGUGCAAAAUUAAUUUAUAUAGAAUUUUUAUAUAGGCAGCUACAACCUCAAGUUGAUACAAAUGAACAGUAUAAACAGUAUGUUAUUUUGGAAAUACCUUUGCAAUAGUUAAAUGUCGUGCCAAACAGAUUUAUCUACAUAAUUGCUUGUAGACACAUAUCAUUAAAGGGACAGUAAUUCAGUAAAAUUAAUGCAACCUAAUACCUUUGCAAUAUCUAAUGUGGUGCCAAACAGAUUUAUCUACAUAACUUCAUGUAGACACAUAUCUUUAAAGGGACAGUAAUUCAGUAAAUAAAUUAAUGCAACCCAAGAUUUUUUAUUCACAGUCAUUAAGUAAAAUAGGUGGCAAAAAGAGCACCUUGGUGAGUGCACAGGUAUGCACAAUUGCUACAUAUGUACUUAUUUUAGUGCGUCAAAUUUUGCUAGCACUUGCUCCUACCAGUGGUAAAUGAACUCUCAUAAUAAUAAAAAGGAGAAGUUUUGGAAA